UUACCAACACGGCGGGAAGUUCGGCUUUAAAAAAAAUAAAUAACCUAUAAAAUGUGGUCAUGGCGCUCAAGGUCUGGAUACGAGUUUCUCCAGACAAAUGAUCUCGAAGACGACGAGAGUGUCACAAGUUUUUCGGGUCUCUGCGCCAGCGCAGUGGUGCGGUGGAGGCGACGCCUGGUGGAGUUUUAUCGCGACUACACCACACCCUGGUACAGAAUAUACGAGGACGAGGCGACGACCUCGGGCGUGACGGACGGCGCGCCCGGCGACCAGAACCGCGUCAUCUUCAUCAACCACCCGCAGCCGCAGAAGUUCGUCUCCAAUAGCAUAUCCACCGCCAAAUAUAGCGUCCCGUCGUUCAUCCCGCUGUUCCUGUUCGAGCAGUUCCGGCGCUACUCCAACUGCUUCUUCCUGCUCAUCGCGCUGCUGCAGCAGAUCCCUGACGUGUCGCCCACGGGCCGCUGGACCACGCUCACGCCGCUCAUACUCAUCCUCAGCGUCAGCGCCGUCAAGGAGAUCGUGGAGGACUUUAAACGUCACAGAGCAGACGAUGAGACGAACCGGCGGAAAGUGGAGGUGCUGCGCGACGGCCGCUGGCUGUCGCUGCGUUGGGAGAAGCUGCUGGUGGGCGACAUCUGCAAGGUCGUCAACAACCAGUUCUUCCCCGCCGACCUCGUGCUACUGGCCUCCAGCGAACCGCAAGGUAUAUCGUUCAUCGAGACCUCGAAUCUGGACGGGGAGACCAACUUGAAGAUCCGCCAGGCCAACCCGGAGACGGCUCGUCUCGACAGCACACGGCAACUGGCCGAGUUCCAUGCUACCGUGCAGUGUGAAUCGCCUAACAGACACCUCUACGAGUUCAACGGCAUGCUGAAGGAAACUAACGCCAAGACAAUACCACUGGGCCUGGACCAGAUGUUGCUUCGCGGGGCGAUGCUUCGGAAUACCUCGUGGGUGUACGGUGUGGUGGUCUACACGGGCCAUGAGACCAAGCUCAUGAAGAACUCCACCAAAGCCCCGCUGAAGCGCUCGUCGAUCGACCGGCAGACCAACACGCACAUCCUGAUGCUGUUCAUGAUCCUGCUGGCGCUGUCGCUGCUCAGCGCCGCCUUCAACGAGCUGUGGGUGCGCAGCCACAGCGACUGGUACAUCGGCCUUACGGAGGCGCAGAAUACACAUUUCGGAUUUAACUUUUUGACAUUUUUGAUAUUGUACAACAAUCUUAUACCUAUAUCGUUACAAGUUACUGCUGAAAUUGUUAGAUUUUUUCAAGCGAAGUUCAUCGCGAUGGACAGCGAGAUGUAUCACGAGGCGACUGACACACCGGCCAUGGCGCGCACGUCCAACCUCAACGAGGAGCUGGGCAUGGUCAAGUACGUGUUCAGCGACAAGACCGGCACGCUCACCUGCAACGUCAUGGACUUCCACAAGUGCUCCAUCGCAGAGAUGAUCUACAACCGUCCCGGUGAGAGCGAGCGGCUGGAAGACACGCUUCUCUACCAGAACCUGAUGCGCAGCGCCGCCGCGCCCGUCAUCCGCGAGUUCCUCACUAUGCUGGCCAUCUGUCACACAGUCAUCCCCGAGAAGGUCAACGGGAAGAUCAACUACCACGCCGCCUCGCCAGACGAGCGCGCGCUAGUGAUGGGCGCGGCGCGCUUCGGCUUCGUGUUCGAGACACGCACACCCACCUGCGUGCGAAUCCGCGUGCCCGCGCCCGCCACCGCCACUGCCGCCGGGCCCACUGCUGCCAUGGCCACGCAGGAGGAGGAGUAUGCCAUCCUCAAUGUUAUAGACUUCACCUCGUCCAGGAAGAGGAUGUCUGUCAUCGUGAGGACGCCCACUGGCGAGAUCAAGUUAUACUGCAAGGGCGCGGACUCGGUGAUCUACCCGCGGCUAGCGGGCGGUCCCGCCGCGCCCUACUCCGCCGCCACGCUGGCGCACCUCGAGCACUUCGCGUCCGAGGGGCUGAGGACGCUGGUGUUCGCGGUCGCGGACGUGCCCGAGGCGCUGUACCAGGAGUGGUCGAACACGUACCACAAGGCGUCGAUCGCUAUCCAGGAGCGCGAGCAGAAGAUCGAGGAGGCGGCGCUGCUCAUCGAGAACAACCUACGUCUACUCGGCGCCACCGCCAUCGAGGACAAGCUGCAGGACGGCGUGCCCGACACGAUAGCGGCGCUACUAAAGGCCAAUAUGUACGUGUGGGUGCUGACGGGCGACAAGCAGGAGACGGCCAUCAACAUAGCGCACUCCGCUCGCCUCAUACACUCCGCCAUGCCGCUGCUCAUACUCAACGAGGAUAGUCUCGAUGGCACCAGAGAGACGAUAUCCCGCCACGCGGCCGAGUUCGGGGACAACCUUCGCAAACAGAACGAGGUGGCGCUUAUCAUCGACGGCAAGACGCUCAAGUACGCCAUGGGCUGCGACCUCAAGAAGGACUUCCUCGACCUCUGCAUCUCCUGCAAGGUCGUCGUCUGCUGCAGGGUCUCGCCCAUACAGAAGGCCGAGGUCGUGGAGAUGGUAUCGACCGCUACGGGCGCGGUGACGCUGGCGAUCGGCGACGGCGCCAACGACGUGGCCAUGAUACAACGCGCCUCCGUCGGCGUCGGCAUCUCUGGCGUCGAAGGCCUGCAGGCCGUUUGCGCCUCCGACUACAGCAUCGCACAGUUCCGCUUCCUGCUGCGGCUGCUGCUGGUGCACGGCGCGUGGAACUACUCUCGCAUCAGCAAGCUCAUCCUGUACUCCUUCUACAAGAACAUCUGCCUCUACGUCAUCGAGCUCUGGUUCGCCAUCUACUCCGCCUGGUCGGGUCAGAUCCUGUUCGAGCGCUGGACGAUAGGGUUCUACAACGUGAUCUUCACGGCGCUGCCGCCCUUCGCCAUCGGGCUCUUCGACAAAUUGUGUUCACCUGAUAUUAUGCUAAGGCACCCGAUCCUGUACAUCCCGUCGCAGCAAGGACUGCUAUUCAACGUGCGCGUAUUCUGGGUGUGGGCCAUCAACGCGCUCCUACACUCGGUUCUGUUGUUCUGGCUGCCUGUACUUAUGGCGCCCACCGCGCUGUGGCCCAACGGCCGCGACGGCGGCUACCUCGUGCUAGGGAACAUCGUCUACACGUACGUGGUGCUGACGGUGUGCCUGAAGGCGGGACUGGCGACUCACUCGUGGACGUGGGUCACGCACGUGGCCAUUUGGGGCUCCGUGGCCAUGUGGUUCCUCUUCAUACUCAUCUACAGCAACAUCUACCCGUGGAUCCUGAUCGGCGCGGUGAUGCGCGGCAUGGACCGCAUGGUGUUCAGCUCGCUGGUGUUCUGGUUCGGGCUGCUGCUCAUUCCCGUCGCCACGCUCAUACCAGACCUCAUCGUCACUGUCAUCCACAACUCUGCGUUCAAGACGAUGACGGAGGCGGUGCGCGAGAGUGAGAUCAAACAGCGCGACCCCGCCGCGCUCCUCGCGCAGCCGAGGCACUCCAAGCGCGGCGAGCCCGUGGGGCUGCGCUGGCGUCGCCGAGGAGUCGCGCCCGCGUCCGCGUCCGCGCUCGCGCCCGCGUCCGCUCCCGCGCCCGUCCCCGCCCCCGCUGUCGCCCGCCCGCCCCGCCGGCGCCAUCGAGACUCGCACGUCAUAUGACAGUUCACCAUCGCGUGAGCGCUCGUUACAUCUGAUCGUGUGGCAUCUCGAGUGCUCGACGACGAAUCUCGACGCUUCGAAACUACGCUUGUCAAUCUGAAAUGUGACCCGGUUUGAAAUUGGUUUAAAAUUAAUCAAUUGGACCACGACGUCAAAUGUAACGACCGUGACGAUUCGCGCGACGACUGGAAUUGUAAAGUAGUUUUAAAGCGAGAAGUGUGAGCGUUCAGUCCCGGCGUGAAUGCGGCCCGGGACCGACUGAUUAGGAUGUGAUAUAGAUACUUACAGUAGUUGACGUCUUGUACAUAAUGACGGUGGUGUCGAUGACGAUCUAUGAAAUGAAUUUCACAUUAAAACGAAUAUGAAGGUUGAAAGACGGUUCACAGCACCGAUGUGCCAUAUUUUAAAACAUAAUAUCGAUUUCGGAAUAUAAAGCUAAAAGACAACGAUGUAAUGUUGUACAUAUUUCAUAAACAUGGACUUCAUUUUCACUACCGCCACCUAUCGACUGAAUAGAAAUCAGCCCCAACAAUUACUAAAGUACCUCCUUCCUACAUUUUAAGUAUCCGUGUAUAUAUUAUAGAUUAUUACUUCACGUUUAGAACUCACGUGUUCUUUAGGCCUCAAUUGUUACAACGAGUGUGUUCUUAUGAUAUUUUGUAGAUAUUGAUUUGUUGUUAUCGACUCAAAGUUGGUUUUUAUUCAAGUUGGGCGUACUUGCCGUACGUGUUUCGAGGAGAAGCCGCCAUUAAAUGGUAAAGAGAAGUGUUGCUUGCUAAACGAGUGUAGAACAUUCGGGGUUGCCAGAAUAAAAUAUUCGGUAAUGUUCAAAAUAAUUAAACUCAAUUAUUUACACUUGAGUAUCUUCCCAAAAAAUUAUUUACUGUUUUAUUGAUGAUCAAAAUUUUUAUUAUACAUAACUUCAAUUUCUAGAUAUUUUUUUCCAGUUAAUCCAAGUUCUGGAUAUCUGAUAGCCCUCACGGGUGAGUUAGAUGACACACUUAGCUUCUGUGACAUAGCUACUUGUUUAAAAUCUGUCUUCUACAUUUCGAGUCUUCUACUUACAAACAUUGUUCCUAUUUGUAUUUAAUAUUUAAAAUACUGGAAUUUAAAAAUAAUCUCAAUGUAUAGUUUUACUGAGCAAUAUCUAAAUAAUAUAAAUUUAUUAAUCUUCCCUUUUUUCAUGAAUGAUAAUUACUUAAAGAUAUAACAAAAUAAAAUGGAAUUGAAAGAUUAGACCAUAUUUUGAUAAUUGCUUAAUUAAGCUGGUACUUCCGAAAUGAGAGUUGUAGAUUUUAUAUUGUUUGUAUGUUUGCUAAUACUGGGUGUGUAGUGUGUGCCAGUCGCGAGGUCGCGGCAGAGAUCCGUCUUCAACGAUCAGUCAUUCCGUCGAUUAAAUCGCCAGUUAUCGUAGUUCUGUACCAUUUGUUUGCAGCCAAAAUAGUACUUUAUGUACGCUAGACUAUAUUUUUCUAUACAAUGAAUAUAUAAUAUAAGUUGUGAGCAAUAUUUUUAUAUAAUAAAGUUGAUGCAGUAUUGUGAAUUACUUAGAAUAAAAAUUAUAGAGCCUGAAGUGAUAAGACACCUCGAGUUUUAGAAGGGGUCGCGGAUAAUAGUCAUAAUCGUAUCAAUUUAAUAUACCUUUGUCUAUCAUUUGUUUUUGGACUCUUUUAGACGUGAUUUGUUUCAUAUUUUCUAAUUAUCUUGUUUUAUUCCCGACAAUGAUGUCCUGAAAAUAUGUUUUGUUUUAUGGCAUGAAAGUCUUUAUGUGGAUUUUGCCCAUAUUUCGCUAUUUCCGAAUAUCAGAUAUUUCGCUCUUUCCGUUUUGCCACUCACCAUUGUUUUUACAAGUGAGAAAAACUAGCUCAUAAAAAUCUGUGUAGAAGCCUCUUUCUAAAAAUCGGCGUGUUUUAUUUCUGAGAGUAGUUUAUUUGUCAAAAUUAUUGACGAAUCUCGUUUUGAUAUAUGUAUGAAAUUAAUAUAAUUAAAAGUGUUCUUCCUAAUACUUAAACGUUUAUUGUAAAUAGUUGUAUUAAAAGUGUGUUGUUUCUACGAGUCGGUAGUUACUUGUGAUGUAUUAUACAAAUCCUUCAGCUAAAGUUAUUUUGCUCCCAUUUUUAAAUCUUUUUAUAAUAACUUUUUAACGACGUUUGAAGUUUGUUUAUAUAGCAUUAAAAUAUUAUUUUAUCUAUUUACCAUUUAUUUGAAUAGUUUAAACAAAUAAGAAAUGUCAUAUCAAUAAUAGUAUUUAGAAGUACCACCGGUCCGAUGUGAUAUCGAAUAAAUCAAGUUAGAAUGAAACGAAGAAGUUCCUAUUUUAUAACUAAACUUUUCUUGAGUUUUCAGAUCUUUGAAUGAUAAUUCUAAUAAACUUCAAAUGUCGAUGUAAUACUUUUUCUCUUUAUCCGUUAUUUUCGUUUGCACUUUCCAUUGUUUCAAAGGAGCCACUACAUUUGACAGCAGUGGUCUCCUAUUUUGUCUCAAAUCCUUUAUUUAUUUUACCCUGUCAUGUCUCUUGCUAGAAUAGGCGUGCCUCGUGCAGUCAACAGCAUUACUCGAUAUGUUCCUUCAUGAAGGCUCAUUUAUUCAAUUGUUGAGUGCACCGCACCCUGUGGUUAUCCAUCCAAGAUGUACAAAUAGUAGCACGAGGAAAAUACACUGUUCAAAUUGUUUAUAAACCAUCCGUCAUAGAGGGAAUGCACUAUUUUACAUUAAUGCUGUGUUCUGGCGUAACACAAAAAGCAACGCCAGUGAAUGCUAUACGAUAUUAACUUUAAUCGUUUAAUAUUUAAUUUUUCUCUUCAUUUUUAUUGUUGGUGCAUUUGUGUAAGAAAUAAUUGAGUAAAAAAUAAUUCCUAAAUUAUGUUGGCACAUAAGCAGUGCUAUAAAUAUUUUCUCAUUAAUUCCGUUGAACACUUGUUGGAAUAUGUUGCAUGAAAUUAGUAAUAAGUAGUUUUUAUAGUUCGCGAGAAUGUUGCAUUACAGACAAGUGAUCCAAUGUAUCACCUCAAUGCUUUACAGUUAGCAUGUUCAACAGUACCAAAUCUAUUUUUAUGGUUUUACGCAUACAUUUGCUACACUAGUGUGAAAUGUAAAUAUUUUUAUCGAUUGUCACGGUAAGUGCGCAGUUUAUCAGUGUGUUUUCCAUCGUCUCAAAUGCAUUUAAUUAUUUAACUUACUUACAAUACCUACUUCUUGCAUUCCAUGCAAUGUCAUGUCAAUUUGUGAUCUUGUAAUUAUAGUGUUGUAAAUAGUAUAAGAGAGCCUUAUUGCUGUUGUUUGUAAUGAUCAUUCCUAUUUAAUUAAUAAAGAAUUGAAAUUUUGAAAACGA